AUUGAAUAACCACGUUUCUCUGCAAAAAGACAAGCAAGUAGAUGAAAUAAAUGCGUGAUGCACAUGGUCUGACGCCGAGCUCCUGCCAAACCUCGAUCGUCACUCAACUCUAAGACCUGAGUCGGAUCUGUCCCUGCUGCAUCUCUGUUGGAACUGCAUCUGCAAACAUUACCUAUUUUUUGCUUGUACCUUUAGAGACCAAACGUUAGGGAUCAUCAGUUUUGGGUAUACUUGAAUUAUAUUAGUUGUGUUCACAUAAAAACAUUUACAGGUCAGACCUCCAUACGUGCGGCAGAGAGGAUUGCUUAAGGGCUACAAGUCAAGCUUUUAUUGAAACAAUGGGGAAACAGAACAGCAAACUGGCCCCUGAAGUCAUGGAGGAUCUGGUGAAGAGCACAGAGUUUAAUGAACAUGAACUGAAACAGUGGUACAAGGGAUUUCUAAAAGACUGUCCCACCGGCAGACUCAACCUGGAUGAGUUUCAGCAGCUGUAUGUAAAGUUUUUCCCAUAUGGUGACGCAUCUAAGUUUGCCCAACAUGCCUUCAGAACCUUUGAUAAGAACGCAGACGGGACCAUUGACUUCAGAGAGUUUAUCUGUGCACUGUCUAUCACAUCACGGGGGAGCUUUGAGCAGAAACUGAACUGGGCUUUUAACAUGUAUGAUCUGGAUGGAGAUGGAAAAAUUACAAGAGUGGAAAUGCUAGAGAUUAUUGAGGCCAUUUACAAAAUGGUGGGCACUGUCAUCAUGAUGAAAAUGAAUGAGGAUGGCCUGACACCUGAGCAGCGUGUAGACAGGAUUUUCAGUAAGAUGGAUAAGAACAACGACGAUCAGAUCACGCUGGAUGAGUUCAAAGAAGCUGCAAAGAGUGAUCCAUCCAUUGUAUUACUGCUUCAGUGUGACAUUCAGAAAUGAGCUGACGUCAAUGCAUUAUGGACUGCACAAAAAGUUAAAUGUUCCAUUCAGUUUGCAGCUAUUUCCUCAGAAAAAAAAAAAAAAAAAAAAUUG